CUAUUCUUGCAUUGCGCUCUCUAGUCUCUAGUCUCUAGUCUCUAGUCUCUAGUCUCUAGUUUCAUAAACUACCCUACCUGAGUCCCUGCGUUCUCUGGGACUUCCGAAAAGGCAGAGCAUUGUUUAUCGAGCAAAGAAGAUGAAACUAGACAUGGUUUUGGUGUGAUACAAGUUUGAAGUUGGGAAAUUUCCUAGAGAGUAUUAUAGCUAGUUAAUAUAAUUACUAGUACUAAUUUUGGAGUUUAAUGUAAGUAUUUUGUUUGUUUAAAAUUCCAAGUUGGAGGGAAAAGUGGCAUGUGGUGAGCUCAGAAGACUUCACAUGGCUUCUCUUACUCCAAAGUCAUCUCUCUCUCACUUUUAACCUAUAAAACUAGGUACCUUAAUUAAAAACCAGCUUAGGGGUUUUUCAAGACAAAAUCCUCUGUUAUUAACCUUAACCCUCAGCCCCUCACCUAAUUUUUUGUUAAACUUGCAAACUACAUUUUUCCAUAACUACUUUCUGGUACUCAGUGUAUUGUAAGUUCUAAGAGUGCCUCUUUCCCUCUCUUCUUCUUCUUCUUCUCAUAUUGGAAUUUAUGUUCUUUUUCGAUCAAUCCAUUAGAGUUGUAUACAUAGUUUCUACUCAAAGAAGAAUAAGAACAAAUGGCAGCUUAUACACGCUUAGUAAGAAGCCCGUUCCCUUGGCUUGCUGCCCUUGGAUCCUUACUUGCCUUUUCUCAAUCUUCAGGCUUUGGGUUUCUUAGUAUCUUCGUUGCAACAUCAGCUCUUUUUCUUAUUCUAUGUCCUGUAAUUCUUUGUCGGUUAAAGCAAUACCAGCAGAUAUCAGCACGCAGAGAAAACUCACCAACGCGCUCCACUCAGGAGGCUCUUUCUGAAUCAAGUCUUCAACACAAAUUAGUAAGACCGGCGAAUGACUCAGAAGUUGAAACUGUAGAAGGAAAUGUUGGUGAAAUUGUUAAACAAGUACAAGUAUCAAAGCACAAAAAGCAGCUCAAGGAAAAUAAAACAGACGGCGGCGUAUACUUGCACAGGUCACCAGAAGUAUUACUGUCUGACAGUGAAAGUGUUGAUCACACAACAACUUCAAGUGAAGAUUCAGAAAAUGAUUCUAUGUUCAGAGAAAAUCUGAGUAACAGCACAAACUAUUCAGACGGGUCAAUCUCAGACGAAGAGAGUUUGAUUGAAAUCGCGCUUCCAACAGGUCACUAUGUUGACUCAAAGCGAUCACAAGACCCGUCUUGGUAUGGAUUACAGCAUCAGAAAUGGUCUGAUUGCUCAUUAAAAUCACACUUCAGGCAGCAAAACUGGAUGGAGAUGUUAAAUGAGAUGAAUGAAGAGAACUUCAUAGAAAUCGAUCUUUGCAUGGGCUCCAUCAAAUGUUCAAGGUUUCAAAUUCAAGCAUAAUCAUAAUCAUCAAAAGGUCUUCAUUCCAAUUAAUUUUUUUUAUCCUAUAAAGGAUUUUUGUUGCCUUUGUUGGGGUAUAGAGUAUUAAGAUUUCGCUUUGUUGUUAAACUUAUGUGCAUUCACCUCGGAUGCCCAUUUCAAGCACCAAGUAGUAUUUGUUUUUGCUAAAUCUUACUGUGAUUAAAGUAAAUUAAAACUCUGACAGA